AUGGAUAGCUUGAGGGACGUUAUCUUCUAUGGAGAGAUCGGUGUCGGAACACCCCCACAAACAUUCAACGUGGUAUUCGACCUCGGGUCUUCCAACAUGUGGAUCCCAUCGUCAAAUUGGCCGAAAGUCACAGUUUUUGACCACCCGAAGUUCGACGGAGCAAAAUCCAGCACGUACAAGAAGGGAGAAAAAGAUGUUAGUAUUGCCUACCUUACCGGUGCACUAGAAGGAACGGUAAACCAAGACAAUGUCUUGGUUGGUGGCAUCAUACUUACGGGGCAGGAUUUCAUAGAAGGGGAUAGAUGUGAUAGUUUUUUAGAAACAGUGAAGUUCGAUGGCGUUCUAGGAUUGGCCUUUCCAUCGUUAGCUGUGGAAGGAACUACCACCGUCUGGGAUAAUAUGAUUCAACAGAAUCUCAUUACGAAACACAUUUUCUCCAUGUGGCUUAGGCCUAAUGUAGGUACUGAAACUGGUGAAGAUCCAAAUGGGGGCGAGGUAAUUUUUGGUGGUUUCAAUGAGAGCCACUUCGUAGGGGAACAUACAUAUUUUCCUGUGAUGAUGACACCAGGAGAAAGCUACGACUUUUGGAAGAUCCAAAUGCUCCCCAUUUACGUUGGUCGUCAACAGAAUAGUGUCCCAUGUUCCUCUACAUACUGCACAGCAGUUAUAGACUCCGGACUAUCUGACAUUUUAGUCCCAAAGGCAUAUAUCACAUUGCUCUAUAAAGCAAUCGGACUUAGCAAGGUUAAAACGUUCCAAUGUGGUAAAAUUGCAAAGGCACCGGUUGUGACAUUCACAAUUGGCACCGUUACGUUUCCACUUACUCCGGAACAGUACAUAUCCGACCAAAUAGUUAACGGUAGAAGAGGAUGUCAGCUGCGGUUUGUGGUUAGUCCCGCUGAUGAUGGCAUGUGGUAUCUAGGUCAGCCGUUCAUGCAAGCCUAUCAUACAGUGUUUGAUUAUCAAGACACCGGAAACCCCAAGAUCGGCUUCGCCAAAGCAGCAGCAGCAUAA